AUGGAAAUUGAUACUUUAUCCGUUAUUUUAUUAAUUUUAAUUAUAUUUUUUACAUUUCUUUCAAUUAAUGAUGCUCCAAGUCCCGAUGUACACCCUUUAUUAUUGACUUCACAGUCUGAAUGCACCAAAGUUCGUAACCCCGGAGAAACUGCUAUUUACAGAGCAAAUAAUUCUGCUCAUGGCUUGCCUUUAUUGACAAGCCCCGAUAAAAGUAUAAAAAUUAUUGCCGAUUUAUUUGAGAACGGAAAAAAACUUGGAAUAGAAUGCCUUGGUUUCAAAGGUGCUAAUGGUUUUGAAUGGGAUUCAUAUCAGAAAAUUGCCGAAAGGGUUGCAAAUUUUGGAUCAGGGUUGAUAAAAUCAACGGGUUUGGCACCCAAGUCAUUAAAUAUGUUUGGAAUCUUUAUGAAUAGUUGUCCAGAAUGGGUGAUUGCAGAUUUGGUUUCUAGUUAUUAUAGUUUAAUUACAGUAUCUAUUCCAAACAUUCCUCCGCGUUUAAAUGAUGUCAUAAAUCAAAUCAAUCUUACUCAAAUCGGAGUAGUUGUCGUAUCCAAGGAUACACUUCCAAUGAUCUUCAGUGCUGCACAAUCUUGUGCAUCAUUGAAGCAUGUCAUAUUGAAUGAGCCUUCAAUUUCUCCUGAUCAAAGUGAAAAGGCUAAAGCGAUUGGUUUAACCUUAACAACAUUUAAGGAUAUCGAAGAAUUAGGCACUCGAUCUAAACUAGACUUUGUUUUUGCUGAGCCGGAAGAUACAGCGACAAUUGUUUUUACAAGUGGCACUACAUCGGGUGAACCGAGUGGAAUUGAAUUGACACAAGCAAAUCUCGUUGCUGACGUAGCUGGAUUGCUUUCGACACUCCCAAAUUCUCAAAAAGUCACUCCCGCCGAUAGACAUUUGUCAUAUUUGCCACUUGCAUCAAUUGCUUUUUAUAGUGGAAAUUUAUCGACUGUAUUAAAAGAAGCCGAAGAAAUUAAACCUACAAUCUUCACCAGCUCACCCCGAUUUUUAAUUCGAUUUCAUGAAACGAUGAUACAAACGUUUGGUAAUGAAAUGUUUUUUGAAAAAGGAUAUGCAUCUAAAUUAAACCAUUUAAGAAAAGGAAAGUUAGUUACAAAUUCAAUUUGGGAUAUGUUGAUAUUUAAUAAGAUCAAAGCAAAAUUUGGAGGAAAAGUUCGUGUCAUUGUCACCGGAUCUGGACCAAUUUCUCAAACUGCGCUUAAUUUCCUUCGUAUCACUGUUGGUUGUCAAGUCAUUCAAGCUUAUGGUCUUACUCAAUGCAGUGGUGCUGUGACAGUUAAUGCGUUUUUCGAUUACCAACCAGCUGAUCGAAACGGGCAUGAAUCACAUACUGGAGGACCAAUUCCAUGUAAUGAAAUCAAAUUGGUGAAUUAUGAAGAGAAGGGUUAUACUGUCGAGGACAAGCCUAAUCCUAGGGGAGAAAUAUGUGUACGAGGACCAAAUGUCAUGAAAGGAUAUUAUAAACGUCCUGAACAAACAGCUCAAGCGAUUGAUGCCGAUGGAUGGCUUCGUACCGGCGACAUUGGUACGAUCUUACCAAAUGGAACUCUAAAAAUCAUUGAUAGAAAAUUGCCAAUUAAACGACAAUAA